AUGGCUUCCUACCAUUACCACCACCACCACCUACUGAUCAUCAUCUUCCUCUUCAUCUCCGGCUGCAAUGCCGAUCUCCUCCACUCGACAUGCAAGCUUACCGGCGUGCACAACGACCUGUGUCUCCAAAUUUUGACAGCCAAUCCCAAGAGCAAGACCGUCGACGAUGCCCACGGCCUUACUAGCAUCAUCCUUAAAGCCACAGAAAAGACUGUAAUUUCCACCGGAGAAGAAAUUAUUCGUUUAGCCGAACGAACACCGGCUCAAGAAGAUGAUCUCUUGCAGUGCAUUCAAGACUGCGAAGAAGAAUACGAAGAUGCAGUGCAGCAGCUGGAGCAAUCAAGAUUGUCCAUGGAUGAAAAAGAAUACCAUGAAGUGGUAAUGUUCAUUGAGGCAGCCAUGGGAGAUGUUAAAGCUUGCCAAGAAAGUUGUGUGCUAGUGCCCGGACAUAAGAAUGUUCUUACUAAGCAGAACAAGAACGUUAGCCAGAUGUGUAGCAUUGCCCUAACCCUAGUCAAGAUGCUCCAAGCUGAGAAGGAGCACCAUCAACCCUAA